CGCUGGGAAGUCGGUGCCGCCGCCCUCCCAGCCGCCCGCCCGCCCGCGCCUCCGACGCGGGGGCCGCCGCCGUCUCUGCGUCCGCCAUGCGUCCCGGGACGCCGGGGCCACUGUGGCCACUGCCCUGGGGGGCCCUGGCUUGGGCCGUGGGCUUCGUGGGCUCCGUGGGCUCGGGGGACCCCGCGCCCGGCGGCGUCUGCUGGCUCCAGCAGGGCCGAGAGGCCACCUGCAGUCUGGUGCUGCAGACUGACGUGAGCCAAGCCGAGUGUUGUGCCACCAGCAACAUUGACACCGCCUGGUCCAACUUCACUCACCCGGGGAACAAGAUCAGCCUUCUGGGCUUCUUGGGCCUUGUCCACUGCCUCCCCUGCAAAGAUUCGUGCGAGGGCGUGGAGUGCGGCCCCGGCAAGACGUGCCGCAUGCAGGGGGGCCGCCCGCGCUGCGAGUGCGCGCCCGACUGCGCUGGGCUCCCGGCGCGCCUGCAGGUCUGCGGCUCCGACGGCGCCACCUACCGCGACGAGUGCGAGCUGCGCGCCGCGCGCUGCCGCGGCCACCCGGACCUGCGCGUCAUGUACCCAGGACGCUGCCGCAAGUCGUGCGCGCACGUGAUGUGCCCGCGCCCGCAGUCGUGCGUGGUGGACCAGACCGGCAGCGCCCACUGCGUGGUGUGUCGCGCGGCGCCCUGUCCCGCGCCCUCCAGCCCCGGCCAGGAGCUCUGCGGCAACAACAACGUCACCUACAUGUCCUCGUGUCACCUCCGUCAGGCCACCUGCUUCCUGGGCCGCUCCAUCGGCGUGCGCCACCCGGGCAGCUGUGCAGGCACCCCUGAGCCGUCGGAUGCGGAGUCGGAGUCAGAGGAGGAGAACUUCGUGUGAGCCCGUGGGGCCGGCUUGGGCCUGGCGUUCAAGGCCUCCCCGUUUUAUUUAUUGCCACAGCCGAGUCUAAUUUAUGUCCCAGGGACACUCCCCAGAGCCUGGGCCGGGACCACUUAGGAGGAGCCCUGGAGCCCCCUGACAAUACCUUGGAAGGAUUGGGGGAAGGGGGCCUGGGAGUGGGGCUGGUAGGUGGGGCUCCCACUCCAGGCAGGAGGACCCCAUGCUUCUGCUCUAGGGGUUAGCUUAAAUUAUGGUCACCACGGAGAGGGCUGGGGAUUGCCUGCCAGCAAUUAAUGAAGAGGCACCCCCGCCUUCUAGACCGCAGACUGGGAGUAACGAAGGGGUCCACAGCCCGGAUGUGUAUAAAUGAGCCGCAGAACCUCCCAGGCCCCAGGUAGGCCAAGGAAGCAGCCACUGUCCACAAGCAGCUCAAGGACUCCAGGCCCUACCUUCUCAGUGCCUCCAUUUCCAUUUCCCCAGGACGUCCUGUGGUGGCUCCUGAGAAGAGCCCAGUGUGUCUCCCAGGGUGGGAGAGGCCAGAAGAGAGCACUGUGUGUCGUGGUGCCCAGUGCACUUUGGGCGGGACCCAGUGGGGCCCACAAAGAGCCCCUGCUCACCCACCGUGGGGUUUGUGUGCCAAGGCCGACUGCACACCCUGCCUCCUAGAGCUGUGUGUCUUAGCGGCACCCCUCGUCCCUGCUGCUCCAUCCGAAGGGAAGGUCCAGACUGGGACCCCUCGGUCCCAUGAGACUUGCCUUGGCCAAGCCUCUAAGCCCAGUUUCCAGGUGGACCCACCUCAACCACCAGCCGGCCGAGAGUUUUGACACCUGCCAGAUGCUGGCUCUGGGCAGGGUCGCUGCCUUCUGUUUGCUCAGUGUCACCUCCCCGUGUCUGCAUGUGGCAGAGGCUCAGACCGGACAUGGGGGGCCCAACAGGCAGGAGCCCACCUCCCCGAGUUUGCAGUGAGCCGUGCAGGGGCCAGUUGUUUUCGUCCUCUCCUGGCCCCCCGGAAGUGCCUUACCUGUGACACCCAGAAAAGUGCCCUUGAGGCCACCUCCGCACCCUGGGGUCCUGCCUCACCAAAGAAAUAAAGACUAUAAAAAGCCA